GUCUCUCCUCUCGCCUCGAUAUCCUAUCCUACUGUAAAUAUCCAUGGCGCGAGGCGCAGCUGGCAGAGGCAAGUUCAAGGUCAAGCGGGGCGGCGGGCGGAAUUUCAGCCGGAACAUCGCAGCCACGGACGGGGACGACGAGUCCACCGCCGCCAUGGACAAAUGGGCCGCGCGCGGCAGCGACGACGACUCUGACGAGGACUCUGCGGACGGCGAGGAAGAAGAAGAGGAGGAGGAAGAGUCCGACGAGGAAGAGGAGGGCGCCGCAGCGCCCGCCGCGGGGCAGCCCGAGCUCACGCGCGAGGAGCGCCGCCAGCUGAAGAAGCAGGCCAAGGCCAAGGCGGCCGCGGACGGCCCCGAGGACCCGUACCUCGUCAACCCGAACCACGCCGCGGUCAAGAACCUCAGCCUCGCGGACCUCGACGUGCCGCGCGAGCCGACGCGCCGCGAGCGCGAGGAGCAGGAGAAGAAGGACGCGAAGGAGAAGUGGUGGAAGCUGCACGAGGCGGGCAAGACGGACCAGGCGAAGGCGGACCUCGCUCGCCUCGCCAAGAUCCGCGCCGAGCGCGAGGCUGCUGCCGCGAAGAGAAAGGCGGAGGCCGAGGCCAAGGCAGCCGAGGUCGAGAAGAAACAAGCGGCCGCGCGCGCCGGGAGACGCUCUUGAAGAAAGUUGUAGCCGUAACAAAGGUGCUUGAAGGAAACAGAAGAAAGAAUGUAUCGGCAGUGAACCUCUUGUACUCUCGCGGUUGUCAUCGGAAUUGUAUCACUACGAAUUCACGCUUUGCUCCAUCACCGCGCAUGCUAUGCCAAGCUGCACAUAUUGCUGACCAGAGAUCUGUACG